GCGAUAAAAGCAACUUCUGGAUGGUGUUUUUUUUUUUUCUUCCAGCGCGAAAGCCUCGUCCUGGUGAUGCCGCCUGAUCCUUGGCACUUGGGAUACACAUGAUGCACAUGGUCCGCGCCUGCACGUGCGACAAACGCUGACGGCGCCACAACAACAUCAACAAGUGCGGCCACUAAUAACGGGCAUUAAUAAAACAUCACCGUGGCGAACUGUGGGGUUCUUGUGGUUUUCCGUCGGGAUGUUCGGACCGAACCUCGGCGUCGCCAAUCGGCUUCCCUGGCGGAGCGCGUGGACCAAUCAGCGCGCGUCUGUCAUGUAUAUUCAUGAGUCCGAGAUUCAAACCUUGGAGAGAGUUUGUCUCGGUCCACAGCAUCAUAUACCUGGGACUUUUCACCGCAACAAACGGCAUUUUCUUAUGAAUGGAAAGAGAAAAAAGCAGUUGGGCUUAAAUUGGGACCCUUCCUUCACUGAGAGCGUAGAACAACAGAAGAGAUGACAAUGACUACGAUUCCAGAGAGUCUUAAUAGCCCUGCCUCAGGAAAGCCCGUCUUCAUGGAGUUUGGACCCCCGAGUCAGCAAAUGUCUCCGUCCUCCAUGAGCCACGGACACUACCCCAUGCACUGUUUACACUCCACAGGCCACGGCCAGCACGACAGCUACAGCCCGGCCUCGUCCUUCCCCAGACCCCUGGCGUACCCCUACGUCAACUCCUCGGUGGGCAGCCACGCCAGCAGCCCGUAUCUCAGCUCCGUCCACAGCUACCAGAGCAGCUCCGCUCUGGCCCAGACUCGACUAGAAGAACCAGCGCCAGAAGCAGAGAAGAACACGGUGGUGGAAGGAGGAGAGGUGCGCUUCAACGGCAAGGGGAAGAAGAUCAGGAAGCCCAGGACCAUCUACUCCAGUUUACAGCUGCAAGCGCUCAACAGGAGGUUCCAGCAGACGCAGUAUCUGGCGCUGCCGGAGAGAGCGGAGCUGGCGGCUUCACUGGGCCUCACCCAGACUCAGGUGAAGAUCUGGUUCCAGAACAAACGCUCCAAGUUCAAGAAGCUGAUGAAGCAGGGGGGCGGCACCGUGGACAGCGGCGCCCUGGCCAGCGGCCGCGGACUCUCCGGCGCGUCUCCCACCGUGGCCCCGGUGUGGAGCUCGCCGACCUCCGUGAAGACUUCCGUGGGAACGAGCGGCUCCUACAUCCCCAGCUACACCUCGUGGUACCCGACCUCACACCAGGAGUCUAUGCAACAGUCCCAGCUCAUGUGAGCGGUGUUGGACCUUUGAGCUGCCGAGCCGAGCUCAGCACCGACCCUCGAGUUUGGCCUACGCCGCCCGCCAGACUCCUGUUCCCGGCGGAUGCGGCUUCGCGAGCCGCUGGAGGAGCGUUUGAGAAACGCGCCUCAGCGGAGCCACCAGCGAGUCUUUGGGCUGCGUCCCGUUUGGUUUCACGCGAGCUCUUUUGUUUGUAGCAGCGAAAGUGUUUGUUUACGGCCAACUGCAACACUCCUUCAACCAAAUAUGACACACCACGUUGUACAAAGCGCCGCGAAUGUCGUGAUCUGUUAUUUAAGUUAAGUUAUUCCCUCGUGCGGUGUGGACGGGAGCUCUGGCGCCUGGACUCCACUUCCAUUGUUUUCGUGACGCGCUGUGAAACGGGGUUUUCUUCUGUAUUCGUUUGUGUUUUAGCGGAAAUAUUUAGUUUUGUAUUCUUUAAUUUAUUCACGGGUUCAUGGAGUUUAUGUAUAUAUUGUGCGGGUUUUCAAGAAGAAGAAGAAGAAGAAGUAAAAUGAUUUAAAUUAU